CAGGUGUGAGGUAAAAGAAAGGCGUGUUUAUUUCCUCUGUAAGUUGGUGUAAUAGGAUGUUGAUGUUCAGUUUCAAAGUGUAUUUAUUAGUGACAAACAUACAGACCAACUUUUGUGUUUGAGUCAAAAGUGCAUGUUUAUAUUUGUGAUGUGUGAGUAGCUAAAAUAUAUUUUGCUUUGUCAGAAAAAACUGAGGAGGCUGAUGCAGAAGAAGCACCAACUGUUCACGCUGUUGAGAUGUCUUGUGUAACACUGUUAAUGGAACCAGCACUUUCCAGCUCUGAGGUGCAAGGAGUUACAAAAAUGAGAAAUAAUGAUGCUACCUCUAGACAUUUGGUUCCUCUUUCUGAUGACAAUGAAAGCGAACAGUCAAAAUUUAUUCAAAGAAAGAGAGUGCUUCCAUCUUGGAUGCUGGAGGGAGAUCUCCUGGUGCAGAGGGUGUCUGAGCCUGUAAUGACAGCAGGUCACAGAAAGAAAAAAGGCCAUGGAAGGAGAGAAAGUGACAUGGAGUCAUUGAAAUCAGAAAUAAAUGUGCAACAGAAAAAAAGAUUAGCUUCUGGAGAAACUAUAGAGGAUUUUGAAGGUGAGGAGCAAGAUCAAGGGAAAAGGAGCUGCCUUUCCAUCCGUAUUCCUUCAUCUCAGAAUACAUCUGGAUUUCUUCUUGAGAAUACCACAAGAGAUAAGGAAGGAAAUGGCAAGACUGGAACAAAAAACACCGGAAGUUCUCUGGAAAAAAAUGGUAGGCAGCUGCAUAGCAAAUGUUCUAAAAGAGUAGGUCAGACCUCCAGUAAAGACAAUAGAACUGAGGAAAUGGAAAACAAAGAGCAGAGUACUGGUUCUACAAGCCAAGAAGCUCACUGGGGCAAGACUUCCUAAUAUUGUGGUGCCCGGGAAGGGAUUCUUGAGCCUGAUGCAAGUAUGGAUUGCGAGACUGAGAUUUCGGAUUCAACCGGAAGUGCAGAUGCUUCAGAAAGCUCAAAAAAUAUCCAGCAUAAGAGGUCACCUUGCAUGUAUGGAAGUGCCUGUUACAGGAAGAAUCCCAUUCACUUCCAGCAGUUCAGUCACCCUAAUGAUGACGACUGUCACGACAUGGAGAUUAUAUCUCAGGAUAACAACAACAACCGGCCCAAGUGUCCAUAUGGAACAGCUUUUUAUAGGAAGAACCCACAGCACAAGCUGGAAUACAAGCACACUGCGCCUCCAGAUGGCAAGGGGUCAUAACACUGA